ACAACAUUUUUCAAGAGUACUAAUUACCGGUAAUUCAAAUUAAAUAUCGACACAUGUUCGAAGACUUAAAGCGUAUGGUUACAUAAUAGUAAGCUAAUCAUGUAUACGUAAUUUGUAAGAUAAUAGAUAAUGACCAUGUCUAUACGUUAGUUCGCGGUCAUAUAAUUUGGACAUGCAGUUCGGGUCACAUGCGUCAAUCGCACCUCGUGUUUCAUCAUUCGUCUCAUCUCUUCUCCCACUCGCUCCUCGUUCUAUAGUCUGUCUUAUUUCCACCAACGGAACUUCCCUCUUCGACGCGCUGCUCCCGUCUCGUUCUAAAAGCAGAGGUACACGUCCGACCACCCGACCGACACCGAAGUCGAUAGCCGGCAGUUCAGUUCCGGACAAGGUCCCGCACGGUCUGUGUGUAGUGCAUACUGAUACAUACAAUUCGAUCUUUCCAAAUUCGUCAAUGUCUGUCGUCAAUUCAAAUCGCAAUAAUUCCCAUGAUACGUUCAGAAAAAUCGUAUCCAUCAGUAGAAUUGAAGAGAAUCGUGACACGCCCUACAGCCGUCGAACUUCGCGCACAUCGUUUGCUGUACGAAGAAAGUUUCGAUCGACCAAGAUCCCGCUGAACAUCCGGAACUGAUCACGCAGGAGUAGUUAAUCAUCGGACACGAGGAACGAGCGAUAGCCACACGGCCGCUUUUCUUUUCACGGCUGACUAAAAUGGAAGCUAGGAACAAUAACGACAACGACAAUGCUCUCUGGGUGUUCGGGUACGGAUCCUUGUGCUGGCAUCCAGGAUUCGAAUACAGAAAAAGCGCCCUGGGAUACGUCAAGGGUUUUAGCAGAAAAUUUUGGCAAGGGAACACGACUCAUCGGGGCACACCGGAAAAGCCGGGGCGUGUGGCAACGUUAGUCGAGGAAAGAGAGAGCAUUGUUUACGGGCGUGCGUUCCAAGUCCAAGACAGCACAGCGUUGCCUUACUUGGAAAGACGGGAGGGCACUUUGGGAGGAUAUACAACGACAAUUAGCACGUUCUAUAGCCGUGAGGGUGUCAGAAACUUCCCAGUUAUCAUUUACAUCGCCACCAAUAAAAGUGAGCACUGGCUCGGGGAUGCACCGCUUCACAGCAUAGCGAUGCAAAUCGCCGAAUCCUCGGGCCCGAGCGGACACAACGUCGAAUACCUUUUACGUUUAGCAGAGUUUAUGCAUCGUUAUUUACCGGAGGCUCACGAUGAACAUUUGUUCACUCUGGAACUGUUAGUACGCUCGAGGAUAAAAGAAGAGAACAUGUGUCUGAACACGUUAAUGGGUAACCGGGAAUUUCACAUCGAUCUCGAGGACACGGGGAUCGAUGUCAGGGAUGAAGAGAACAAUUUGGCCGGGAAUAACGCUGGCAACAAUCUCAGAGAAAACUCCUUCCAAUAUAUUCUACAAGUACCUGACACAACUUUGCGCUGCCUCAAAAAAUGAUUCAUUGAUGAACAAGCGGUUCAAUCACGCUCGCGCACAAGUCUGAGAGGCAAGCGAUGAAACGUUAUUUAAUAAAAAGAAACAACAUUUUCACUCGAUAGCUAUUUAUGUACAUCGAAUAAUUAGUAUUAUCCGGGAGCAGUGAACUGAAACUUUUUGCUCCCGGCAGAUCUGACGGUGGUACGAAGGUAUUUUAAAUUAGUGUCGUGCCUUCUCGGCAACUUGUUAUUAGUGCCACGUUCGAACGUUGCGCCUUUGUUUUUCAACGUGCUGGACACAUACUUAGGGUAGAUAAUUUUUAUUCAACGGUCCUGUACCUUGAUAUAAAUUUUUUAAGAGCUCGACGAUUAAGCAUAAUGCUUGUUCCUACCAUUUUUUAAAUUAUAAAUCGAACGUUUUAUAAUGCGUGUGAACUCACGAAAACGAUGAUGUUCGAAUAUAACGUCGUAUACGCGUGAUGAAUAAAUGAAUUUUCUUAAACA